CCUCUCUCCGACCACUCCUUACCUUCCCUUCCCUUCCCUUCUCUUCUUCCUCGACGUAACUCUCUCCCUCCUCCCUCCAAUAUCCCCCAAAUCCCUGACCGCCUUCCUCUUCCUUCUUCUUCUUCUCUCUCCCCUACUUAAAACCCUUAACCCUACCUCCAGACCCUAGCUAAUACCCCUUUUCUCUUGCGCACGUCGGCUCUCUCGCUUUUCUCGGCUUCCUUCUUCGUCUCUCCUGCUUCUUGGGGUGCCGAUGGGGUGAAGAAAAAGGGCGAGAUCUAGGGUUUUGCUGCGGCCAUGGAGUGGGACAGCGAAUCGGACGUACCGAGCGGUGGGGAAGGAGGGGAGGAGGAGGAGGAGGAAGACGAAGAACAGGGGUUCGUGCUUAGGGGCGGCGGCGGCGGUGGCGACGGGGGAUUUUUCUCGUUAGCCGUUGAGGGGAUGCUGCGCUCGGCGGCAUCGUGUGGGCUGGUGGUCACGGAUUCGCUGGAGCCGGAUUUUCCCAUUAUUUAUGUCAAUAGAGGGUUCGAGGAGGCUACAGGGUACCGCGCCGAGGAGGUGCUCGGGAGAAACUGUCGUUUCUUGCAAUGUAGAGGACCCUUUGCACAGCGAAGACAUCCUCUAGUGGAUGCCACAGUAGUUACUGAAAUAAGGAGGUGCCUAGAGGAGGGGAUCGAGUUCCAGGGUGAUGUGUUGAACUUCAGGAAAGAUGGAUCUCCCUUGAUGAACCGACUGCAGCUAAUUCCUAUAUAUGGUGAUGACGAAACUAUAACCCAUUUCAUGGGCAUUCAGUUCUUUUCUGACACAAAUGUCGAUCUGGGACCACUGCCUGGCUCUACGCUGAAGGAAUCCUUACGAUCUUCUACCCGCUUCACACUUGACAAUUCCUAUCGACCUAUCUCAUCAGGCCAUGCCCAUAUUUACCGUGAAUUCUGUGGCAUCUUUCAGCUCAGUGAUGAAGUUCUUUGUCAGAAGAUCUUAUCAAGGUUGUCUCCUAGAGAUAUCGCAUCCGUUGGUUCCGUGUGCAAGAGACUCUACCAUCUAACAAAGAAUGAGGACCUCUGGCGGAUGGUCUGUCAGAAUGCAUGGGGUAGCGAGACUACUCGUGCUUUAGAAUCUGUGCCGGGAGCGAAAAGGUUAGGUUGGGGGAGGCUCGCAAGAGAAUUAACCACCCUUGAAGCUGCAGCAUGGCGAAAACUAACUGUUGGGGGCGCAGUUGAGCCAUCACGAUGCAACUUCAGCGCAUGCGCUGUUGGCAACCGCGUUGUUCUCUUUGGUGGAGAAGGCGUGAACAUGCAACCGAUGAACGAUACCUUUGUGUUGGAUCUCAAUGCCAGCAAACCCGAGUGGAGGCAUGUGAAUGUGAGCUCUGCACCCCCUGGCCGGUGGGGGCACACAUUGUCCUGCUUAAAUGGUUCGUGGUUGGUAGUUUUUGGGGGGUGCGGACGUCAGGGCUUGCUGAACGAUGUUUUUAUAUUGGAUCUAGAUGCACAGCACCCCACGUGGCGGGAGAUCUCAGGGCUUGCGCCUCCUCUACCUCGAUCAUGGCACAGCUCCUGCACACUUGAUGGAACCAAGUUGGUUGUUUCUGGCGGCUGUGCCGAUUCUGGUGUGCUUCUAAGUGAUACUUAUCUAUUAGAUGUUACAAUGGAGAAACCUGUAUGGAGGGAGAUACCUGCAUCAUGGACUCCACCUUCUCGAUUGGGCCACUCGCUCUCCGUUUAUGAUGGGAGGAAGAUACUGAUGUUUGGUGGUUUAGCUAAGAGCGGCCCUCUACGGCUCCGGUCCAGCGAUGUUUUCACGAUGGAUCUAAGUGAAGAAGAGCCGUGUUGGAGGUGCAUCACUGGGAGUGGAAUGCCUGGUGCAGGGAAUCCUGCGGGGAUUGGCCCACCACCUCGGCUCGAUCAUGUGGCAGUGAGCCUUCCUGGAGGUAGAAUCUUGAUAUUUGGUGGGUCAGUGGCAGGCCUUCACUCUGCUUCGCAGCUCUAUCUCCUGGACCCAACCGAAGAAAAGCCAACAUGGAGGGUACUAAAUGUGCCCGGUCGGCCGCCCCGGUUUGCUUGGGGGCAUAGCACCUGUGUUGUCGGAGGAACAAGAGCAGUAGUUCUUGGGGGCCAAACUGGGGAAGAGUGGAUGUUAACUGAGCUGCACGAGUUAUCUCUCACAAGCUCGACAAUUUGAGUUGUAUUUGGCUGAACCUUACUGCCUUUUCCUGAGGUUUGUCCCAAAAGGCCUAUCAUGCCUCGACGUAAGUGGAGAUAUGGAGCAUCUCCAAUGGAAGAAGUAUGAUUGGUUAUCUGCAAAUGGCUAGAGUGAGAAGUGUUGGUAGGCUUCAGUAGGUUCUAGGCUCUUCACUCUCUGUGGCAUCUCUUCUGGGGGGCUCUUUCUUUUUCUUUUUCUUUUUCUUUUUCCUUUUUUUUUUUUCUUUUUUUUUUUUUUCUUCAGCCAUGGGUAGGAACACUCUUUAACUUUGUGCUUAUUUGUUGGAACUGGAUAUAGGGUACCGUUCUGGCAUGCAUAUAUGACUCUAUGCAUUCCCUACUUCUGGUAUGUAUUAAUGUUGUAGGAAGAAAGAUGAUUGUUCUGUAUAGUGAGUACUAAAAAUGCAUCUCUCAUCUGAUGUGUGCAUUUUUAUGUUGUGGGUGAGUUCUUUAUGAUUUUGGUUAAAUAGUUACAUGAGAAUUUUAUGUA